AUGCCUCUCAACAAAUACCUAAUCGCCUUGAUGGUGGUUCUUUGUAUUUGCAUGUUCCGAGAAUGCAGUUCUCACGGAGGCGGGCCCGAAACUCCAAACCUCCCGGCUAAUACACUUGAGAAUAAAUACCAUUGGAAAUGCCUGGAUGCAUCAACCAAUCCUUUACAUUUAGUAGAAUGCAAUCAAAAACCCUCCCAGAUUAGUUUUUCACUAGGAUUCUUGCAGCAGAGUUUUGAUAAAUGUAAAAGACCAUUAAAAAUAUAUGGACCGGGAAAUACUGUUUUAGCGUGGAACGAGGAAGAUAAUACGCUGUUGAUGAACUCAACGCAAUAUGCUCGAAACACCGAGUGGUGCUACGGGGAGUCAAAUUAUGAGGAUUCAUUUAUUAUACAACCAUAUGGUCGAACCGGUGAAUGCCUUGCUGCACCCCUCAAGGAAGGUGACCCAAUCGCGGUCAUCUCUUGCAUAGCUAGGAACGAUAUAGAACUGAUGGGACAAGCUUGGUCUUUUCUGACAACUCCUCAUUAG